UCGAGGCGGUAGGAGGAACUGCGUCUGCUCCGCCGAAGCCUGUCGAGUGCCACCGUCUGGUCUGAGUCGCCGCCUUUAGUCGAGGCUCCGCUUUUUCUAUCUAAUACUCUCUCAUCCCAAGGUUUCCUGGGCCAUGGAGGAUUCCUCUGGAAGGGAAGAAGGUUGUAACACUGUGUCACAACAGAGCACAGUAAUGACGGAAGGAGAAUGGCUGGAGAAGUGGCAGUUGAGAAACCUUCCAUUUCAUAAGGAAGAAGGACAUCCACUUUUGAAGAAGUAUCUGGAUAAUUUUCUCAAUGGCAGGAAUGGACUGAAGAUAUUUUUCCCACUUUGUGGUAAAGCUGUUGAGAUGAAAUGGUUAGCUGACAUGGGGCACCAUGUAGUUGGUGUAGAAAUCAGUGAAACAGCUCUGAAAGAUUUUUUCACAGAACAAAGUCUCUCCUAUUCUGAAGAAACAGUUCCAGAGAUCCCUGGAGCUAAAUUAUUGAAGAGCACAUCUGGGAAUAUUUCUUUGUACUGUUGCAGUAUUUAUGAUUUGGCCAGCACAGUUGUUGGUAAAUUCGAUGCAAUUUGGGACAGGGGGUCUCUAGUAGCUGUUAACCCUUGUGACAGAGAACGCUAUGCCAAUUUGAUGUUAUCACUAAUGAACAGGAGGUGCUGCUGUUUUCUAGUUACUGUAUCAUAUGAUCCAAGCAAACAUAAAGGUCCACCAUUCUAUGUUCCAGAUUCAGAAGUGAAAAGGUUGUUUGGCCAAUGCUGUGAUAUUAAGCAGCUUGAAAAAAGAGAUGGCUUCUCAGAGCGUCAUAGAACUUGGGGUCUCGAUUAUUUUUGGGAGGUGAUGUACAUGCUCCUGUUAAAAUAGCAAGAUAACACCAAGAGAGCAAUCCUAAGCAGUUCUCAGAAUCCUGCUCAAGUCUACUUAGUAGGGCUUAUUCCCAGGAAAGUGUUCUUAAGAUUGCACUGAAAGAUUCAUAACCACAGUGAUUACUUGAUUUCACCACUGUGCUUUGCACCUUCAAAAAGAAUUGUUUUCUAGAUUGGUUUGUUUUAUAUCUGUGUGUAAAUCCUGUGAAUUUCAUAAAAAUCAU